CGGCGGGAGAGUUCUCCGGAACUACCGGUACUCAACUAGCGCUCGGACUCGGACAGAGUGAAGCUUAGCCUUAGCUUCGCAAGGUCAAGAUUUACCUCUCUGAUACUGGGCUAUUUUAUCAGCUGUCUUGGGAUGUUUCGGGGCAGGUCUUGGCUUCUGCUGGUCCAGUAAACGAUGUGCCCUGCUCUCCACAUUAAAGUUUGUAGCAAUUCUCCUCAGAGCGCCUCCCAUUUUGCACAGAUUUUAGUCUUCUUUGGCGUCAGGUACCGACACUGCAGCAGCAUGACCGAAAAUUAUUACCCAAUACAUGUACAAAAUAAGACUGAAGAUGGCGCUAUACCACUUCAAUCUUGCUCGAAUUUCAAGUGUUUGACAGGUGUUUGAGCGUCCCCAAGCUAUUUAAUUGAGUAAGGGCAGCUAACCGUAGCUUGUCAAAUAUGAAUCAUAUUUUUUUGAAAUAUCACUUGGUACCACGGAGCAGGUCAUAUUGAUCUAUUGUAAACAUUGCAUCAGUCGCAAGGGUCAUUUCAUCGGCUUUCAUUCUCUGUCUACGUGACUACAGACCUUUAAAAGAUAACUGUCUUUCGGUGACCAUCAUUUUUCUUGGCUUCAAGCUGGAUAGAACAUUAGUUGAUCUAUAUAGGGAGAAAAAAAUUGCCAAACAUGGCCAAUGGAAUGUACUAUCUCACAUUCGUGAUUGCAAUUUUAGUGGUGACCGUUGGAAUUCUCAAAGUAGCUCCUAUCGAACCUGGACAUGGUUUUAUGGUAUCGAAGAUGAACGAAUAUGCCACGGUGACCCCACUGCGAUACAUCGGGAUUCAACUCUCUGGAACCGGAUUUCGAACCCUCAUCGCCAUCCUCGAGAUCGCAUUCGGAUCCCUCCUUGCGUUCGGCCGUAACGACUGGCCUGUCGUUGCCGGGUUCGUCGCCCUGGCGAUCUCGACCAAUGGCCUCCUGUGUCAGGUGGCGCUUCGCGAAGCAGCAGCAGAUUUUGUGGCCCCCAUUGCGAUAUUUAUUGCGAUUGUUGUGAUGAUCUUUGGAAGUGGUGGCCUGGUGGGUCGACGCGGUAAGGUGCAUCUUUCUUAAACAUCGGACCCGGUCAUGCAUUGGACUCUUAUCCUGAUACCGACAUGAUCAUCAACUGGGGAUAUAUUCGGACACACUACGGGAGAAGGGGGCAAUAGCUAAAGACCGCCCCUGUGAUUUUAAAA